AUGUGGGCUAAAACAAUCCUGCGGCUCUGUGCGCACGGCGGCAGUGCCGUUGGGACCGCCGGUCCGUCGUGGAUGACGGCCGCCGCGUGGGCGAGUCUCGGCGACGAGUUCGCGGGCGUCGCGGAGUCGAAAUUCCUGCGGCCCGCCCCCGCCGCGUUUCUGUCGCCGCGCGCCACCACAGACGUUGUCCCCGCGGAGGCGCUGCUGCAUGAAAUGGUGCUAGAGUCGGAGGAGCGCUAUCGCGGCAUAGAUGUGCGGGAUCCAACAUCGAUGGCGGUGUAUGAGGGGGAGCGGCCGCGGUGGAUGACGCUCGGCAGUCAAGUGCGGGCCGUCUCGGAGUUUAUCUCUGGACAUCUCUGUCAUCACAUCUCAUUGCAAGAGUGGAAGGCACUCUUUGAUCUUCAGUACGCAGAGAUGGAUUUGACAUAUUGGCUUUAUGUACUCCAUGUACACAUGGUAAGUCGACGAGCUACAAGUAUUCCAAUUGAUAAAUUUAAUCGCCGACGUGAGGUACUAGAAGAAAUUCUGCUUACUAUGUUUGAUAGUUGGGCUGCCACUUCAGAAGAUAUUAUGGGUCGACCACCACUUAAUAAGAUUCGUUUCUACAUUAAAGACAUGUACUACGUUACGGCGGUAAACUUUGAAGAAGCACUUUUACAUGAUGGUCCAGGAGCUGAUUUAAUGCUACUUGGAUUCUUAAUGAAAUUUUGUCCUCUUCCUCGACCUGAAGAUGUCCCACUCUACACUUACUACUCAUUAGUUCAUUACAUUCGAUUCCAUACGGCAUUACUGGAUCGUAUUCCUGAUGAAUCUAUCGCAAAGGGAAAUUUUAAUUUUCUUUCACCCACAGAUCCUCGCGUUUUUGAACGAUAUGACAGUGUUGCACUUGAUAAUAUUAUCCGCUCAUGGACUGUGGAAGGCAGCGAUGGUGAAGCGGAAGAAACGACAAAAUGA